GGCGCGGUCGUCGUCGGCGGUGGCCAGAGCGCGGGCGGCGGCGGCGGCGCGGCUGGGAGCGAGGGCAGGGGUGAGGCGGACGAAGGGCGGCAGCGCGUAGCGAGACCCACAAAGCGAGACCCACAGAGAGACUGUCGCGGGCAAGCGGUCCCCCCGCGCCCCCCCGUCCUUCGCCGUCCGACGGGUCCCGCCCGCCCCCGCCCUCCGGGCCGCGCGUCCUCCGGUCCCGCCGCCCCCGGAGCGGAGGAUGAUGAAGCUCAAGUCCAACCAGACGCGCACCUAYGACGGGGACGGCUACAAGAAGCGGGCGGCCUGCCUGUGCUUCCGCAGCGAGAGCGAGGAGGAGGUACUGCUGGUGAGCAGUAGUCGCCAUCCGGACCGAUGGAUUGUCCCCGGGGGAGGCAUGGAGCCCGAGGAGGAGCCCGGCGUGGCYGCUGUGCGUGAGGUCUGUGAAGAGGCUGGAGUGAAAGGGACGUUAGGAAGAUUAGUGGGAAUWUUCGAGAACCGGGACAGGAAGCACAGGACCUAUGUUUACGUACUCAUCGUCACCGAAGUGUUGGAGGACUGGGAGGACUCUGUCAAUAUUGGAAGGAAAAGGGAAUGGUUUAAGAUAGAAGAUGCCAUAAAAGUUCUGCAGUAUCAUAAACCAGUGCAGGCCUCAUAUUUUGAGACCUUGAGGCAAGGCUGUCUGGCCAACAACGGCACCCCGGUCAUGACCACGCCGUACUCCGAGAGUUCCGUGUCCGACAUCAGAUGACUGACGACGUCCCUGCGAGAGCAAUUCCCAAAAGCAGACUGAGACCUGGAUUUCCCUCCCCUCCCCGUUUCCAUGCCUCCUCCCUCACACCAGGCAUGGGCAGCCGCCUGGGGCAGAGCAAGUGUUCAGAGUGCUGCGAUUUAGUGCAAGUGCUAGUGGCUGGGCCAGUUUACUCCCCAUCCAGUAUCUCCUGAUUUAGUGCAGUGACACUUGAAGUUGAGGGCAGAGUUCGGAUCACCUGCAGCCAUCCCUGCGGCUUCUCCGACAGCUUCCGCCAAUGUUUCCGCGUUUCCAUCCCRGUGAAACCACGAGGAGCUUGUCUUGAACCAUCAGCCAAAACCAAACCGCCUCGGCAGCGCUGCGGUAGCGCCCGGAUGGCGCCGGCUGCCGUGGGAACCGGGGAUGCGCAGGGGGGUCGGACGGACAAACUGGAGUGUGGCUCACCAAUGCUGUCCCCUGCUCCCGCCGCGUCCUGCUCGUGUCUCUUUGUCCACAUGCCUUACGCCGUGCUGAACUGGACACUUGGGAUUUGUGCUGAAGCGUCGGAUCGCGCUCGCUGCGUGCCACUGCCGCGCUCCGAGAACCACGCGYGCGUCCCCGAAGAGGAGUCCUGGGGGGAAAUUCAGGUGUUCAGUCUCUUGUCCUGUGGUUCUGCAGCACUUACGGUCGCACCGUGGAGCGUGCUCGAAGUGUGCCCUCCGUGAAAGGUACAGCUGCCUCCGGCGGCAUUGCCGGGGGAGCAGCACAGGAGAGCUCCCCGAUGCGCUGGCACACUUCACACGGGGGUUUGUUGUUUUAUUGCUGUAAGUUUCAUGCUGUCUUGAUUUGCCAACAGUGUUGUCUAGUUGGGAAAUAAAAUGGGAAGGGUUGGGGUUGGGGGGUGGGUUGGGACAGGUACAAGUUUUGGGAGGGGCAUUAAUUAAUCCCUGGCUUGGGACAAGAAGUGGUUGCUGAGUUCAGUAACUUCUCUUUUGUCAGAGCAGAGCCAAGAUGUGAAAUUAAAUCUGCAGUACUUUUUUUUUUUCCUUUUUUUUUUCCUGCUCUUUAUUUAACAAAAAAUAUUCUAAUAAACACUCACUGUUCCGGAGUUUUCUCUCUUCCUGAGAAGCGCUUACAAUAUGAAAAUCUGAUAGAAAUAUCCAUGGAGCCUGGGACAAGGAGGAAUGGUAUCCUUGCUGGUUUGGCAAGAAGCUGUUCAUUUUAAGAUCCUCUUCUGUUCCUUUCCUUGUUCUCCCUGCUUUCAUCGGUGUGGAGUAGCAAGGCCAAAAGCAGUGCCAGUGAUCGCUGACAUGGAAAACCACGCGUAAGGAACAGCCCAUUAUUCAAGGAGUAGCUCAAACCCAAGCGUCUGGAAUUGAGCCUAAAUUACACCAGUUCAGCUCACUUCAACUUAGAGACGAAUGUACAAUCCUUUCUCACUAUGUGCUGUCAGCCUGAACCAAACUCUCAAAAAGGGCUUGAAUAUUCUAUCUGGAAGUGUCCAAGAAAUUCCCAGAGUCGCUGUCCCCGCGCCCUGCGAGGCAUCUGACACAGCCAUCUACUGCCUUCAACGAGUCUUGGUCUCUACUGUACAGAUUAGUAUGUUGGAAAUGCUUUGCARCAAAACAGCUGGUACUCCUGAAAGAGUAACUGCAGUUUUAAUAUCAGCAGCAUGCACACUUUUGUUUUUAAACUAAAAAUGUUUUUACAGGGCUGUUAAACUGACAAUUUAGGGUAGAAUAUUGUUAAUGACUUGCUAAUGGCUUAUUUGUUUGGGUCAGAAAAAAUAAAUUGUGCCAAGAAAGUGUUUUAAUGUGGCAUGGAUUGAUGCUGUUACCACGGAGUGGCUGGUGUUAUGCCUUGUAACUGAAAAUGGCUCCUGGGGCAAGAAUAGCCUUGAUUGAAGAGAUGCAGAUUUCAGACCAGACCUUAGCYCUGCGCUCCCUCAACCUCUCCCUGCACCACACGAUUCCCAUCUUCCUCAGCAUCUGAGGUUCUCUCWAAGCUGUACAGCUGCACCCCCAGCAGCUGGAGUGGUUUUAUCUMAACUGGUGUUAACUGGUUUGGGACUGACAGUCGCCCUGUCUGUGAGAGGCACAGGGGAGCUGCUGGAGGGCGGCUCUGGCUCUGCAGCCUGGACCGUGCUGCUCAGUGUCACUGCUGGGGCCACUGACCAURCUGAAUCCUGGAGAGUGAGCCUGGGGCUCGCAGCCAGGCUGAAACUGGUGCUAUUCCCAGCUGGUAGUGUUGGAUAGUGGGAUUCUUUCCUCAGCUGGCCUGACUCCUACAUGGARCAUCACUCUGUGUCUCAGCAUCCCUUGGGAGCAGGCCUCAGCUGCCUCAGCCCUGCUCUGCUCUCUGGGCACUGCUGAGAGGAGGAUGUGACAGAGGAUGUCCCCAGACAGCCAGUGAGUCACAGCAGGUGUAGCCCCACCUCAUGGCAGGUCUCGAAUGCUGGUUUGGGGUACAAGUGGAGGUGGGGGUGAGGGGCUGCUGCUCUUCAUCAUCUCUGGGCCCUGGGGUCCCUCUGCAGCUCCUUAGGGGCACAGUGAUGUCACCGAUGAGGUCACUUCUUCCCUUGCUGCUUUCAUUCCUGUGGUCAUGGUCCAAGGACACCCCACUUGGUACACCAAGAGGAGCAGGGGAACUCUACCCUCGAGUUUGGUGACUGCAGCACUGGGAGCAGGAGAAARGGGAAGUACACCCCUGGAGUAUCUGUGUGUCCAAGUGCUGCUUGAUCCUUCCAGCAGGAUUUGUCAGAUCCCAAAYCUUUCUGAUGCUAAAGUUCAAGAGGCAGGUGGAUGUCCCUCUGCAGAGAGAGCUGAGUGUAAUGAAACCCGGUGGAGCUGGAAUUGUAUGGCUCUGGCUCUGGGGAGUCUCUCCCAGACAAGGAUUUGUUGUAAUGGAACAGGGAUUUUGGUUCUUUGGUUCUUGGCAGCUUAGAAAUCACCCGUGUUGGAAACCACACAGCACCUUGACUGAAGUGGUUACUGUCAGGCAGAUUUUGAUUUUCAGAUGUGACUUUGCUCACGCUGAAGUUGUUCAAAGGCAUAUUUCAGAGGGAGGAGCCUUUUUGCAGUUCCGAGUAACCCUAGGUGGGGCUGGGGGAUUUCCCUGCUGUGUGGMUGUGCUGGGCCACUGCUGGGCUGGGAGGUUCUGCCUUUUCCUGGGAGAGAAGAAUGAAAGGAGCAUUUUWUUUUUCAUUCUCCCUGAAAUGUGGCGUUCAGUGAUGUUAAGGUACCUCUGGUGGCUUCCCAAAGAUGGAUUGUGUGCAUGGUUUGUUGGAACCUCAGUGUCACAGCUGUGCCUCCCCAUCUCAGCACAGGGUUGCCACUUCCCAGAAGCACUGGUUGAGCUGUCCAUGCUCUGUGUGGUCAGCAGGGCCAGCACAGCCACUGGAAAUUCACCUCUUGGCAAUUCACCUCUCCAGGUACAGCAGAACAUUCCCUGGAUGUGGAAUUAACAGCUCCUGUGCAAACUAAAAAGAAUUUUUUUUCAAAUGGAAAAUGUAUUAGACUUUGGGCUGUAAAGCCACCUGAGGACCGAGGCAGUGAGAGCAGGGAGGGGACAUGGUGGCAGUCUGGUUCCAGCUUAGCCAGGUGGGUGUGUUCUGGGAAUAAACWGAGGAAGGGAGCAGACCCUGAGGGCUGCACCCACCCAUGGGUGCUGGGGAGGUGGCACCCAGCCAUCCUGCUGUGUCCCCUGGUGCUGGGGGAAGGUGGGAAAUGGAUUUGGGGCCUGGAAGGAAUGGCAGUAGCAGCAUCUCCACUGUCUCUGUCCUGCGUAGAAGCGUGUUGGGAGCUCUUCCCUCCUCUCCUGUGGAGCACUGAGGCAGCUCAUUCGGCCUGAGCUGGAAUGUGCCUUAAAGCAAACUCUGUAAAGGGAAAAAUGAAAAGGGAUUGGAAUCUGCAAGUGUUGCUUUUUCCCUUGUGUGGCCACAAAGUAUUCAGUGGCUAAAAAUGUGGGYAGGGAAUGUCAGGAAUCCUCAGUUCCCUUCCUGGAUCUAGCAGGAGCUUUGGGCCUUUGCCUCAGCUUUUCCAUGCAGAAGCUGUGUUCAGCAUUCCACAGCUCAUGGGUCACUCCCAGACAUCGAAAUCCUGGAGGCUGCAGGGGUCCAACGAGUGCCCAGUUACAAAAGCUGUAGGUUUUCCUGCCUGUUCUCUCUUUUAUCCCAAACUGACAUUUUUGUGCUUUCACACAGCAUCCAUUGCUGUGCAGAGCACACCGGGGGAACUAGGGGUUGGUGAGGGCUGGUUUGGGGUUUGACUCUCCUGUGUGGAGCCUGUGGCUGCUGCUGGGGGAGGAUCAGAGCUGUAUCUUCAGCCAAACCCGCCCCAAGCAGUGACAGUUGCUGUGUGAGGAGCUUUUCCCUCUGGGUGACCCAGUGCCUGCUCUCCUCUUGCUCCCAGGCUGGGUUUUCCCUCCUGGCUCUGUUCUGCUCAGUAAUGGCAUCAUCUGGUGGCUGCAACCCUGCAGGGACAUGGUGGCCUCAUGGCUGGGUUGUCCCUGGGCUGGUCCAUGAGCCCCUGGCACACACAGGGUGUGAUCCUCAUUUUCCUAACAUUGGAAUCAAUUAACCCAGCUGCCCUGUGCUCUGGAGAUCCUGCAGUGCUGUGCUGGGGUGUCAGGAGUCUGUACAUAACCAAGGUGUAGCUGGUGAAAAAGAAAUUGAACUGGACUGAAGUUGUAUUUAGGAGAUUUAUAUAUCUCUCUUUGGUGCUAGUCCAUAGAGGUGUUUUUUGGUUGUUUGGUUGGUAUUUUUUUUGUGGGAAGGUGGGAAUUUUGACGUUAUACUUGAUGAAUUGGCUCUAGAAUUGCCUCAGGAAUGAACCUGGGGAGGUCUGAGAGUGUUUGUUGAAGUUCCUGUGUGUCCUAUUUUAUAUUUAUUAAAUCAGAAAAUCUGGAAUGAUCACUUUGCAUUUGCUGCUCAGUCCUUCCAUGAGCUCUGUGUACAUGGGGCUCCUGGCAGCCCCCGAGGUUGGCUGAACAGGGCCCGAGACCCCGGCUGAGGGAUGAAUGACCAGGGUCCAUUGUCCAGCCUCCUGUCCAUGGGUGUAUCUGCCUGAGGCUUCUCCUUUCCUCCCCAAAACAAGGAAUCUCCAUGGCUGGUCAGACCUGCAGYGCUUUGACUGUCUCUGGUUCGUGUCUGAACCUUUGAAUUCCCCCCCAGGACUGAGCGUGGGACUGGCCUAGGCAAUGACCUUGGUGUGAGAGGAUUCUGGAAAGGUUCUGAACCCUUCCAGAUACUGAUCCACGUCAGCCAAAUGUCCAGGCCUGGGGUGGGGGCUGAUGGCAGCCACAGAGCCUGGUGAGGGAUCCCUGGGUGUCAUGCUCCAUGGAUGGUGGGAUCAUUUGGGAUGUGGUGGUGUUGGUUGGGAUGUCAUGGGGUCGGUUGGGAUGUGAUGGGGUCAGCUGGGAUGUCUCAGGGAGGUUCUUGUGCCACUCCUGCCACCUGGCUUUCACGGGGAAGUGUCAGCAAGUUUGAAGAAGGAAAACUGAUGUAGGGAACAAACUUGCUGCUUUAUUAGGAUUAAAAGAAGCCUGAUGUUGUCAGUGAUUUUCAAUGAGUUACAAGUGAAAUGCUCAAUUCUCUGUGAAUUCAACAUGGUUUUGUGCUUGUAAUUCCCAUAAUCUGUUUGGGUUUAUUUUCCUGGCUGCAGAUCUCCAUUCGUCACUCCAGCUCUGGGUGUUUCUAAUCUCCUGGUAAACUUCACAUGAGGGGGUCAUGAUGAAUUAAACGGUUUGCAGAAACACUUUGCAACUGCAGAGGCCCUUUGGGAAUGGAGCAUUGCAGCAAAUGCUUUUACUCUUUCUCACUGUCUCGUUCUU